UCGUGGGUGUGUGUGAAUACAGUUCACCUCCAUGUGUAUGUCCUUCCCACGGAAUCAUCUGUCAGCUUCAUUAAGGGGAAUCCUUUCAAAGGGGGAAAAAAAACUAAAGCUGUUUGUGGCUGACUUAAAAGUAUUUUUUCAGCCUUUUGGUGCUAACAAAGAUGAUUCUGGCCAAACUUAAAGACGUCGGGAAGCAGCUAUUGCGGGUGAAGGUGGUGGACUGCAGCACAGAAGAGUCCAGGCUAUCACGAUGUCUCAACACCUUUGACCUGGUGGCCCUAGGUGUCGGAAGCACACUGGGCGCUGGCGUCUACGUCCUCGCUGGUGCCGUAGCCCGUGAAAGCUCUGGACCUGCCAUCGUCCUCUCAUUUCUCAUCGCUGCCCUGGCCUCCGUCCUGGCCGGUCUUUGCUACGCUGAGUUUGGAGCCCGUGUUCCAAGAACUGGAUCAGCUUAUCUCUACAGCUAUGUGACAGUUGGAGAACUUUGGGCUUUUAUUACCGGCUGGAACCUCAUCCUCUCCUAUGUCAUUGGAACUUCGAGCGUGGCGAGGGCAUGGAGCGCAACCUUCGAUGAGCUGACUGGAAAGAACAUUGAGACUUUUUGCAGAGAAAAUAUGAGGAUGAACUUUCCAGGAGUCCUCGCAGAGUAUCCAGACAUCUUUGCUGUCUUAAUCAUACUUAUUCUGACAGGACUGCUUGCUUUUGGAGUCAAAGAAUCAGCAAUGGUGAAUAAAGUAUUCACUUGCGUCAAUGUGCUUGUCCUGCUGUUUGUGAUCAUCUCUGGAUUGGUGAAAGGAAGCUUAAAAAACUGGAGCCUGGACCCUGAUGAGAUCCUUAACAUCACUGCAAACACCAGCGUUAAUACCUCGUUUUCCCUCCCUAAAAAGGAAACUCUUGGUCAAGGCGGCUUCAUGCCUUUUGGUUGGACAGGUGUCCUCUCCGGUGCUGCCACCUGUUUUUAUGCUUUCGUGGGGUUUGACUGCAUCGCCACCACAGGAGAGGAGGUGAAGAAUCCCCAGAGGGCCAUUCCCAUUGGCAUAGUGGCCUCUCUCCUCAUCUGUUUUGUAGCUUACUUUGGCGUUUCGGCGGCUCUUACUGUUAUGAUGCCGUACUACAUGCUGGACAAGAACAGCCCUCUUCCAGUGGCCUUUAAGUAUGUCGGCUGGGAGGGAGCCACUUAUGCAGUAGCCAUUGGCUCUUUAUGUGCUCUGUCGACCAGUUUGCUUGGUUCCAUGUUCCCAAUGCCGAGAGUGAUCUGGGCCAUGGCAGACGAUGGCCUGCUCUUCAAAUGUUUGGCUAAACUCAGCACACGAAGCAAAACCCCGCUAACUGCCACAGUAACAUCAGGCAUAGUUGCAGCUGUGAUGGCGUUCCUGUUUGAUUUGAAGGAUCUGGUUGACCUCAUGUCUAUCGGCACUUUGCUUGCCUAUACUCUGGUUGCUGCCUGUGUGUUGGUGCUCAGGUACCAGCCUGAGCAGCUGAGUACCGCCUAUGAAAUGGCCAACACCCAGGAUGAUGCAGACAUUUCCGAGUCUUACAUAGAAGGGAACUCUGACAUCUCUCCUCAAUCAGAGGAUACAGCCAGCAUCAAGAAUCUCUUGUCCCCCUCCAACCCUGAGCCGUCUCCCAUGUCUGGUCGUACCGUCAACAUCUGCACCAGCAUACUUGGUGUUCUGGUGUGUGUUUUCAGUGUGGUGGCUGUUCAAGGAGGAACGGCCCACUGGUCUGUGUCUCUGCUGAUCGUCAUCAUGGUGGCCUGCUUGCUUCUCACAUUUAUUGUAUUCAGGCAGCCUCAAAGCAAAGCCAAGCUGGCCUUUAAGGUUCCCUUGUUGCCCUUCAUUCCCGUCGUCAGCAUGUUUGUCAAUGUCUACCUGAUGAUGCAGCUCGAUAGAGGGACCUGGAUACGCUUUACCAUCUGGAUGAUCAUAGGUUUCAUCAUCUACUUCGGGUAUGGGAUUUGGAACAGUUCAGAAGCAGCUUCCAACAGGUCUGACAUCUUCCCUCCCGCCUGCUCGAUAAACGGAGAGCCGAUGAGCCCAGAGAAGGAGUCUUUCCUGCACAACACGGCGAGCUGCACCCCAGACGGCGACGAUUGAUGAGGAUAACGGAGAAGUUUAUAUCUACUCUUGAGAUUUUCUGCAGCAGCAG